UCGUCACACAGACCCCCUCCGUCUCCUUGCGACGAUGCUAUGCUGCACCAUGGUGUCCUCUACACCCCGUAAAGGCCCAGUUUGGAGAACAUGCUCGCUCGAAGUGUCGCUCUUGCAUGCUUUUGCGCUUCUGCGGCCGCCGUUGAACAGAUCGCCACACAGCCUCUUUCUGGGCGCGAUGUGCUCCAAACAUCAGAUGCAUCGCCUGACAUCGGUGGCUAUAUUAACCCUUUCCAAGGCAAGGGCAGCUUCAUUGCUUACUUUCCCGAUACGAAGCCGCUCGGUGAACCCAUCAAUAUCAUCAUCAGCUCGGAUUCCAGUCCCGGUAUCUUGACCAACGACGGCCUCGAACGUUACUUUGCAAAACUCAACUUCUCGGGCGAAUGCCUUGGAAAGCAUCUCGGCAACGAUCUUAUCGCUGACUUGGGCGACGGACGAGGACCUCGCUCGCAGGAUGGCAUCUUGAGAUACAAUUUCGGUGACCCUGCUUUCGGAACUUGUCAAGAGACUGUCAACGGAGGUAAUCAUCUCCGUUGGUGGAAUCAGACCCAGCCAGAUGGCAAGCCAGGCGCUAUCUACAUUGCAGCCAGUGUCGAAGAAGAUCUUGCUCACGAACAUACUAUCUCGCCGAAUGGCUAUAAUCUUGGCCGAGACUAUAUCGUCGGUAACGCAACGAAAUUGCACGAGGGAAGGCACAAAACGACAGCUAGAUCGCUCGAGGGACUUUUGCCCAUUGGCAAAAAGGAAAUCAAUCACGAUAUUGCCAUCGACGGCAAAAUCGCUUUGCUGACUGUGCACAGAAUAUCAAGCACCUAG